AUGGCGGAUACGGGUUCCCCCACAGUCGACAAAUGCAAGACAUGCAACCAGCCCGCCGCUGAGGGUCAGACGCUGAAGAGAUGCGGUCGUUGCAAGGGCGUCCUCUAUUGCUCCCGUGAUUGCCAAAAAGCCGACUGGAAGCCCCAGAAGGCCAUCUGUGCCGGCAAGUCUCAGUCGGGCGCUGAGAGCAACACUGGCUCGGCCCCUGGAACUACACGAGAUGUACAUCGAGUGACCAAUACCUCACGUGUCUCCCGCGCCCUUGAGGCCGACGUUGAAAAGCCUUUCCAUAAACUCUAUGCCAAGCAGUGGCUCCACGGUCGACCUGAAAAGGAUGUGUACAAACUGUUGAUCGACACACACCGCAUGCGAGUCGAGGAUCACCGUGUUUUCGGAGGGCAAUUUGAUAUGGGCAGCAACUAUGGCGGGGCAAUAAACGGUGGAGAAUCGGGCUUCCGCCGCUUUCUUGGACUCGUCGAGUGCCAACGUGGACUUGUGCCGAGUUGGUGGUCCCCGACCAAGGCAAAUGAAUGUAUUGCUCUUGGCCUCUCACGCCCCGGGUGGAGUUCUCUUGCCUGCACCGUUGAGAAGUCGAGCAUUGUCGACCAUUACGGAGACCGUCUGAUGCCGAUGCAGCUACGAAUGUUCAGCGAACAAAUCUACGGGACCACGCCCAAUGGACAAUCUGGAGCAAGGAUGUUGCAAUCUCAGAUGAGCCUCGAACGGGAUAGUGGUUAUAGGUGCUGGUUCCACGUUGAUUGGAGUCAUUUGUGUCGAUCACCGGGCGAAGCUGCCGCCUUCCAAGCGGCUAGGGCAAGAGCUUUUGGAUCGGGCAACUGGUUUUGA